CUUUAUAGCUAGUUCCAAGUAUAAUUGCUGGUCAAAUCACUACCGCUGGAAUAAAACCACUUUGACCCACCCUUCGUCGCUGUCAGUCUCGAGAACGUCUGGCGAAGGUCCAUUUCAACCUCCGUCACAGAUUUCGAAAAUGUUUCUUCGGUCUACCUCCCUAUCCUGUGGCUCUCAAAGCUUGUUCGUCCUCCUCUGGAUUUGGACCAGCUUCCUGGCUGGUGCUGUCUCUGCAUCCCCUUUGCCUUUAGGCGACGGAAUGAAUAAAAUCGAAAUCAGGAAUGCCCCUGACCAAUUCCCCAGUCAUGAAAGUAUCCACAGUACUCGAAUGGGCAUUUACACCCCAAGAGAGCCUACGAAAUACACAGUUGACGUCGGUUACAGCAUCAGAUUUGAGGGGGAUAGAUUGGAGUACUGGUCUCUCUACUUCGGCAAAGAUAUCCUCGAAGCUAUUCCUGGAAAGGACUCUCGAACUUGGGAUCCCCGCACACAGGCCUUGGUACCCAACCAUCGACAUUCCGAUCUGGAACAGAUGGGAGAUUUAGGAAGCAGCUACCAACACCAUUGGCUCGGGAAAGCGAAUUUCGAGAACGAGUCAGAAGCGCUAGGCAUCUUCCAGAAGCUGGGCAGUAAGGAGGGUAACGAACUGAUUAAAAUGCCUCCUGCGAGUACGAUAGGAGGGCUCAGUUUGGACUAUGGAAGGCUUGUGCUAGAGCAUUUGAAGAAGGAGGGGCAUAUUGAGGAUGAUGUGAUGAAAAGAUAUAUGGAGAGUUAUAAGGUGGGUUAUAGGCGGGUCUCGGAGAAUCGUUUCGGUGUAGUUUGGGAUCCUCCAGCAUGACCUAGGUUGCCCCUAAUUCCAUUCUUUCCUCGUAAUAUAAAUCAGUUUCAUUGAUUUUGAGACGAUGACCAAAAAAUGUGUGCCAUUACGGUUAUUAUACACAGAACAUAACCACCCCCCUGUAUUAGAUAUGUGUGUUCCAUUAUUGUACAACAUUUUGUAAUAUUGUACAGUACAUGGUAAACUGGUUGUUCGGGAAUCGGACCUCGGCAGUAUAAUUGAUAUCCUAUCCUAUCCUAUCACGGUGACAAUAGUGGAUCACUGUUUUUGCAUACAAAGGACCAACUAUUGCACGCUAGAAAAUGGCGACAUAUAAACUAAUAGCACGUCUAGGGAGUGCUUCGCUCGUAUUCUGUAUGAUGGCUGUCAUAUGAGCUUUAGAUCAAAGCUUGGGCGUGUGGACC